UCAUGGUGGGGAUGAGUGUGACAGGGAAGAAGGUCGUGACGGGUUGACACAAGAAAUACGCAGCCAGGACAGGGUUAAGGGCAGGUUCAUCCCCAGCGUGGGACGAGGUGACCUUGUUGAGAGCAGCGCAGCUGUGGCCGAAAGCACAGACUGGCAGCGGCUUUUCUUCCCUCCACCUCUUGCAGUUCACAUCCAGACCUCCCGGGCUCUCAUGGUGAUUUCUCUCCUCCUGGGCUUCUUCGGCAUCAUCGUGAGCGUGGUGGGCAUGAAAUGCACCAAGGUUGGUGAAGAAGAUCCCGUUACCAAGAGCCGCAUUGCUGUUGCUGGUGGUGUCCUCUUCCUCCUCUCCGGUCUGUGCACACUGGCCGCCGUGUCCUUGUAUGCAGCACAGGUGACCUACGAGUUCUUCAGGAAGAGCACUGUCCCCAUCAAUGCCAGGUACGAGUUCGGCUCGGCUCUCUUCGUCGCGUUCCCCGGAGUGGGCGGUGAAGUCCACAAACGCCGGCGUCCCGAUGGCCUCCACCUCCUUGUACCUCGCCUCGACCGCUACUAA